UUGUGUUUGGUGCCAUUACUGGCAUUAGUCCCAAUGAUGUCUUUCUGAGUGAGGACGUCGCACGCUAAUUUCUCACUCUUACUCUAAGUACUUGCCAGCCUGUUGUGGUGAUCACUUCAUUUCGUUCUGAGCAGGUCAUUGAAAUAAUUAGGACUAGGAGUUGAGUACAGUAGCGUAGGCCCUUUCUCGGUCACAACUACCGGUACUGACUCUGUACUUCUAGUAGAUCUACUAAGUGUCGAUCUACGUGUCUGUAUCGCGGUUGGGGACGCCAAGCGCGGUAUCCCUGCCCCUCCAUGAUUGUUGAUGUGAUGGGCAAUGAUGGACCAAAUUUUGUUGAUGUAGAACGCAUAGCGCAAAGGCGAAUCGUGGUCAACUACCAAGGACUCGCCGCAAGGCCGGCGUUGUCAUGGAGUUUGACGAGGUGUCAGAGUUCCAGUCCAUGCUUGCUAGCGGUUAUCGGGAAAGCCUGGCGUUGACCAGUGUCUACCCGUUGAAUGAUAAUCUUGAGCCAGUCAGCCCGCUUCUAGUCAAGCCUCGCUUACUGGCGACCAGGAAGGUCAAGAAACGGGUCAGCCAGGUUGUCAAGGUUGUUGGGCCAACCGAGAAGGAAGAGGUCAGCCUGUACUCGAUGAUUCGCGCUGAACAGUCGCCGUCCCUGGUCUCCAUUGUCGGCGGUAAUGGCUCUGGAAAGAGCACCGUGCUACAUCAGCUUGCUCUUGCAUGGGCCCUUCUGAGAGCGGAUAGCGCCUAUACCGACAGCAAGGGCGAUAAUAAGGGUCAUCAGGCUGUGCCGAAUCACCUGAAGUGGGUUUCUCAAUAUGAGUUUGUCCUGCUGCUUGACAUGGAGCUGCUCAAUGCCAAUGGGGAAGAGGAAAGCAUCAAGGAUCUUAUCCGCACUCAACUCGUCUCUAACGAUAGCUUAGUGAGAGUUGGCCGUAUCUGGCGACACUUACAGGACAGCGAGCAAAAGGUACUGGUCCUGCUUGACAAUCUCCACUGCGUCCAGUCACUGAGAAUGUCACAGCUGAACCUGCUCUUCCAGCGGCACGAGGAUGCGCUGCCGCACGCCAACAUGGUCACGACGUGCAGCGACAACUGCGAGAUGCCGGUUCCGUUUCACCAGAUCACCAGGCGGCUGCAGAUUGCCGAGCUGUCCGUGGACGAGCAGAAACAGCUAGCUGCCAUGCAAUUUGCCUUACCUGCAGAUUCACGGGAUGUUCAGCAAUGUGUAAAGCAGAUCCAUGAGAACCCGUUCAUCAGCGAGCUGGCCAGUGCACCGUUCACGUUCAUGAUGGCGUGUGCCGCCUGGAAGCGCUUGGGUGACGUCCCGCCGACGGUAGCAGCACUACUCCAGUACACUAUCCAGAUACAGGUGGAGCGUGUCUACUACCGUGGCUUUCAGGAGGUGCAAACCGACGACGACAUUCCCGUGCCCGUUGCCGACGGUCUGCGCAAGCUCGGCCAGUUGGCGGUCACGUGCCUAGAGUCGCAGAAGCUGACUUGCGAUGCCGUGGCCGUGGAGGCAUGGUGUACCUGGCCACCAGAGCUGCUGCAGCUUGGUCUGCUGAGGAAGCGCAUGAUAUCCAUGCAGGGCAAGACUGGCCACAUCUACGCUUUCCUUCACAAGUCCAUUGCAGACUAUGUUGCUGCUAUGUGGCUGUCGUUUGACCCGUACGUCGAGACGUGCAAGCGUCCGCUACUGGACGACUCGAGUCAGUUUAGCCGCGUGAUGUCCGCACCGGACUCUGAUCACGAGCGUCUGACGUUCAGCCACUGCCUGGAGAGCAACAUCAGUCAGUUCAACAUGGUCUAUCGCAUCGCCUGCAGCCUGGUGCCGGAGAGCAAGGCAGUGCGCCUCAUCACUGCACUCAAUCACAAAGUGCAGAAAUGUGAUUCGGAGGUGACGCGUAUGGACUUCACUGUGCUAGUUCUGCACUGUCUCUAUGAGUGCACGGCUAGCGGUGACCUGUGUGAUCUUGUCUCGCAGAUACUCGGUAACCCAAUCAGGCUGCAUGCCUUUGACAGCUCGCUUGGCCUGAGUGGAGCAGACCUGUGUGCCCUGGCUUACUACCUGCAUCACUGCAGCGUACGUGUUGGUCACAUUGCAGUGGAGGCAGGGCCAUCGGCUGACGACGCCGCCGUCCACAAGUUCCUUGGCGCCAAAGGCCUGAAAGUUGUCAGGUUCAGCUGGCACAACUGGCAGCAUCGCAACAACAAAACUGCCAUUGGCCAGUGCACGGCCAUCGGGAAAGCACUGCAGAGGCCAUCGUGUGCCAUUUCACAGCUAAAGAUUGCACUGACAUCGCUGACGGACAAUGUUGUACAGGACCUGGCCUUCGGUCUCAAAGUCAACGCAUCCGUGCAGCAUCUCACGCUAUGCAACCUAGCACCGUAUGCCGUGCCGGAGGAUUUGCUCAGCGAUCACGGCGUCAGGCGCCUUGCUGCCGCUCUGGAGCUGAACACCACACUUACGUCACUGUGCUUACCGGGCAGUGCAAUGACAGUGGAGGGUAUCAAGUACCUAGCACGGCACCUUGAAUCACCCUACUGUGUACUGGAGCAGCUUGACCUCUCGCCGGUUAGGUAUAUCGGUGACGGAGCCGUCAAGCACCUGGCCCAGUCACUGCAGCGCAACCGUACCCUGAAAACAUUACGGCUAUCAAAGGCCAUGAAAGAUGUACAGUCAGCCGUACCAGAGCCAGGACAGACUGCCAUCACCAACGAAAGUGCACAAUCCCUUUCGAUGAUGCUGCAAGCCAACAAAUGCCUUCUGUGUCUUGACAUUCAAAACCAUGACAUUGGUGACCAGGGCGCCAUCUUCUUGGCGGACGGACUGAUGCGCAACAGUACGCUGACAUCACUACUACUGGGCUGGUCUCAAAUUGGCAGCAAUGGCUACGAGCGUUUACAGCAGGCCUGGAACUCUUCUGAAAGCCUAGUGACCCUUGACGUGACAUACUUUGAGCAGGACAGCUUUGUUUCACCGGCAUCACCCAACCCUGAAGCCGCGAGGGAGAUUGCGCAGGCUGAACACAAGCACGCGUCCGUUUCUUUCGCCGAGGCGUAACCCAACUCGAUCAGCAUACAGCGCACACACACACAUGGACUCAUUGGCACCAUUAUUUUUCAGACAGUAUCGGAGCAGGCCCUCCCAUUAUCAAUGCACAGACAUAGCCAUACAUACAGACCAUCCAUCCCACCAGGUGCUGAAGUUGUUAACCUUUGAGUAGUAUCAUCCAACUCAAAAUUGGAUUCAUUCUUUUAAAACAUAUUUUAUUCCUUUAUCAAUUUCCCUACAAGUCGAUUGAGAAAUGUUUUCAUUUUUUUUACCUUGCAGUCCAGAGACCCUAUUUGAUGACGUAUUUUCGUAAACAUGAAUUGGCUGCAUGCAGUACCAUCUACACAUCCUGAAAAAGGUUUUCCCUGGUAAUAGUCUUGAAUAAAAUGCUAUGACUAUGACGUUACCAUGAAACGUUACACAGUUCACAUCAGAUUCUAUAUUAUUCAACAACAUGUACAUUGACUGCUGGCAGUUCAACAUGGAUUGAAAAAUUUCACUUUCAUCUUUACUAGCUUCCUAGAUUCCUAGCUUUCCUUGAUUUUUGACCAUCACUUUACUUUCACCAAUCCAUUUCAGUUUUACUUUUUUAAGUAUUUUUUUUAAUAAAAAAAUAUUUGCAGGA